GUUAACCGUUGCUACAAAAAGACGCCGCAAGAAAGUGUUCAUCAGCAGUCCAGCGGCAGUGCACUUUGGCAUCGUGUACUAAAACUACGCCUCUUUCAGAGUGUCCCCGUUGUGAGCAAGACUAGGGAAUAAUGGCCCUCUUAUUCAUUGGCGCAAACCUGUUGCUUAUAGUUCUUCAUUCGCUCGCUGCGCCAGAGGCACAGCUCAAUGAAGAAGACUGUGGGUUUGCUGCACAGUAUAUUGUAAGCGGAACGACAGCGAGACCGCAUCAAUUUCCAUGGGUGGUUUUCUUGGAGCUGCAUUUCCCAUCGUUGAAGACCCGAUGUGGAGGAAGCAUCGUCACUAAGCGUCACGUGCUCACCGCGGCCCACUGCACCACCCUGAAUGAAGAAGGAGUCGCCGCAAUUGACGUCAUCUACGGCAACACUGACAUCAAAAGGGGCGCAAGGCUCAAAGUCACGAAAGUGCUGCUGCAUCCCGAGUACAACCAAAGCACGUUCUUCAACGAUAUCGCCAUCUUGCUGGUAGAGAAACCAUUCCGAUAUGGAAGAGACGCAAUACCCAUAUGCCUCCCGACGACACCGAUGAACCUCUACAACACGGACGCAGUCGUCGCUGGUUGGGGAUCCCUGUCCAUGUCCGGCAACGUUGCGACGGACCAUCUGCUGUACACGGAAGUCAUGAUCCUGCAGAACAAGAUUUGUGCAAGGAUCUACAAGAACUUCAGGGAGGACAUAAAUUACUGCGCUUUCCGGAACUACACUGACGCCUGCCAAGGUGACUCCGGCGGCCCACUGUUCACGAUGCAACCUGGCCACAUGCGCUACGUGCAAGUCGGCAUCGUCUCCCACGGAUACGGUUGUGCGAUCACAGCUGGCGUCUACACCCGAGUCGAAGCCUAUUUUGACUGGGUUGAGAAGUCGACUCGCUCACUCGAAGGCUACAUGGACCUGCCUCUGUAAUCGCAUUGAGUUUUGUACUAAGACUAUCAGCUGGCGAUUCAAUCGCUCACCCGCUAUAAGCAUCUUAGUGAGUGACGCAUUCUUCUACAAUUUGUCAUUAAAACGUCUUUUAAAAAAGAUAUUGCGA